AUGACGCAUUUCUUUCUGUAUUGGCCAAUCAGGUGGCUAACCGUGGGCGAGACCACCGUGCUUACCCUGUGGCUCCUCGCCAUGGGAUCCCAGUGCUGGCAAGGGGUGCUGAACCACGGCAACCACUUCCAUGAUAUCUACAUGGUGUGCCCUGACGAUCCGACCCAAUGGUGCAACCAGUUCUCUUUCGAGUCCGGAGGGCCUACACCGAACCAAUACAGGUUGAGAAUGAUUGGCAUCUUCAUGGGGCUGGUGUGCUCCUCCCACUUCGCGAUCAUCCUGGUUCCGGUAUCCCGCGACAGCAAGAUCUGGUCGGCCCUCGGGGUACCGUUCGAGCGGGCCGUGCUCUACCACGCCAUCGCUGGCCACCUCGCCUUCACCUCCCUCUUCUUCCACGCCCUCCUCCUCACGGCGCACUGGGUCCAGUACGAGGGCUGGAGCCACGCCGUCCACGAGUCCAUCCACUUCGACCCCAACACCCACGGAGGCGUGGACAUUCCCAUGGGUUGGAUGGCUGGACUCUGCGCGAUCCCGAUGUGGGCUACCUCGGUGAACUGGGUCCGGCGAAAGUACUACAGCCUGUUCAAGCUCGCACACUGGCUCUUCAUCGGCGUCUUCGUGUUCAGCGUCAUGCACUGGGCUCCCAACGCGCUCUACUUCCUGGGCGGGUUGACGCUGUACAUCAUGCACGUGCUGUCGAGAUUGGAGUCGUGGAAGCGGUGGCGUUACUGGAACCGAUGGUUCAGCUCGGACGCCAGCAAGGCCAGCCCGACCAGCCUCGUCAGCGUGGCGACGAACGACAACUACACGCGGCUGGUGCUCCGCAACCCCAAGACCGGGCGGCGUCGGGGACAGCGGCGACAGGAGGACGAGAACGACGUCUUCACCGUGUACAUCAAGGACCUCGGGAAAUGGACGAAGACCCUGAAGGACACGGCAAGGGGCGCGGAGGCCGCGGGGGACGCUCGCUCGCUACUGGUGGACGUGGACGGCUUCUACACCCAGGUCCAGUCGUUCAGCUCCAUGAAGGUCGCGGGGGGGACGUCGCGCGUCAUGGUGGUUGCCGGGGGGUCGGGAAUGACUUCUCUCAUGGGAUUCAUCCAGGACUGGGCGGUCGCCGCAAGGGAAGGCGCCGACGUUCCGGAGGUAAACCUGGCCUGGUGCUGCCGGUACAUGUCGGAGAUGGAACUGGUCGGCGAGUGUCUCCCCUCCGUGCUCGCCAGCGCCGGCAGCAAGAAGGACACGCACUUCUCGAUGUCCCUCUACUGCAGCAGCAGCAAGGCUGACAGCAACGAAUCUCUCACCGUCACAUGGCCCCUGGACGCGAACGCCUACGCCCACACUAGCACCCAGGAUAACGUCAUCGGCACCGGCCACGUCGCCGCCAGCCUCAACCACAGCGUUCGCGUUGUCGUGGCGGGUCUCGCCGCUUUCGCGGGAUACAUCCUGGGCUACUGGGAGGUGGACCGACGGGACCUGAUGAACGUGUUCCACGAGGGGGCCAUCAUCUUCGUCCUCAUGGUGAUCUGCAUCAUCAGCUCCCUGAUCGUGUACGAUUGGCUCUUCUUCUUAGUCCGUAAGCACCUCCUCGGCAAGCGUGUGGACAGCGCCGAAGCAUCGCAGGCCGGCGGGCGCUCCGCCAGAGUCGGCGAGGAGUCCAAGAUGGACCUCGAGUCCUCCACCGUGGCCGGCGUCGGCAGCGUCACCUACGACGUCAACCCGGGCCGCGUGCCCACGCAGGCCCUCCUGAUCCGGGAGGCCGAGCUCGCCAAAAAGAGCAACACCUCGUCCGUCAGGGUCCUGACCAGCGGACCCAACUCGCUCGUGGACGGGGUGCUCGCCGAGUCCCGCGCGAUCGACUGGAAGCUCUUCGACACCGAGGCGUUCUCGUUCGAGUUCUAAUUUUGUUUUUCCCCGGCCUUUCUCCCUCCCGUGGUUUAUGUAUUCGGAAAGAUUGUCCCGUCUUUCUCACGUCAGAAGACGCCCAGCUCCUCCGGGUGCUGCGGCGACACUCUUCAAGUAACCUACGCCGGCCGCGCAAUCGAGUGUUUUUGUAUUUAUCGGUCUCGCUUUCUAUAAUUUCGUCGGGUCUUGCGUGACAAGAAGACGCGACCGACCCUCUUGGGGAGAAUCGUUGAGGGCGUGAAGACAAUUAUCGGGCAGGGGGCGGGGGCUGUUGCCUUUAUGAAGCGUGACGAACCAAGGUUUCAUUGAUUGGCAGUUGCAGAUGCCGCCACAAGUUUUUUGUCGUUGUAACAAGUCGUAAUUGUUGUAUAUUUCAUAGUCGUUGCACAGGACGACGACAAGACGGAGU